GGUGGGGCAGCCUUAGCCACCCACGGCCUGGAGCCUGGGAGGACGAGGAGCGACGCCAGGCUACCCGCCUCGUCACAACUUGCCCAGACAAGACACGCUUUAUCUUGCACCCUGGAAGAAGAAGGAGCCGGCCUGCCUCUCCCUGCUCGGUUGCUCCUCGCCCUCCGCGAGCCCCGCCUCUGCGCCAGCAGCAAUCCCGGGAUCCGAGGCCCCGGUGACGCCUCGUGGCUUGCAGCGCCCGGCUUUUCGCCCAGGAGCGCGCAGCUGGGGUGCUGGCAAUACAGCGGUGAGCAGCACACCUCUCCUGUUCCUGCUGAUCCCGCCAGCCCAGUGGAUGGAGCCCAGAAUCCACAAACCUGCCAGGAAAGAAAAAACAUUCCCUGCUGGUUGGUCCAAGCAGGGCCUCCCUGGUGGAUUGAGGAAUGCCUGGCUUUUCCUCAGCUCCUUGAUCUCCGAGGUGUUAACCACUGGCAGCCUCCAGAGGACCCCCACAAUGAGAAGCCUGGGGUCUGCAGGUCACUGCUAGAUUUUUAAAGAAUGCAGCACGGACACAAAUUUGUAAGGUACCUGGGCGCAUGCUGAACGCGCGUGGGCGGACACGCCCUGUGCUCCAGGUCGGGGCUGGGCGCUGCCAUAGCAACGUCCUGGACGCCCAGAUCUUAGGCCGCCGCCGCCGCAGCGGGGGUCUGGGCCUUCACCGGCUCACGAGGGGUGUGACGGCGGCGGCGGCCCCAAGGCGGCCCGGACCAGGUAGACUACACUGCCCCGCCCCUCCAGCGCAAGCCUAGGCGGCGGACUGGCUUGCAAGCAUGCCCUUCCAGAAGCACGUCUACUACCCUCUGGCCAACAGCCCCGAGGGGCCCGACGCCUCUGCCGCAGGCGCGGCCCCCAUGGCCUUUGUCCCCCCCAGAGCGGCCUCGGGCCCCCUGCCCUUCUUCCAGUUCCGGCCGCGACUGGAGAGCGUGGACUGGAGGCGGCUGAGCGCCAUCGACGUGGACAAGGUGGCCGGCGCUGUGGAUGUCCUGACACUGCAGGAGAACAUCAUGAACAUCACCUUCUGCAAGCUGGAGGACGAGAAGUGCCCACACUGCCAGUCAGGGGUAGACCCAGUGCUGCUGAAGCUGAUCCGCCUGGCGCAGCUCACCAUCGAAUACCUAAUGCAUUCGCAGGAGUUCCUCACCUCACAGCUAAGCCUAGUGGAGGAGAGGCUGCGCCUGAGCCUGAUCGACUACGAGCAGAGCAAGCAGCUGCUCAACAAACAGGCUAGCGAGAUCAAGCUUCUGAAGGACGAGUGUAAACGCAGGAAGAAGAUGCUGUCCACGCAGCAACUGAUGAUAGAGGCCAAAGCCAGCUAUUACCAGUGCCAUUUCUGUGACAAGGCCUUUAUGAACCAAGCUUUCCUGCAAAGCCACAUUCAACGCCGCCACACUUCAGAGCCUCACCUUGAGUAUAAUACAAAGGCCCAGACCGACAGACUCCAGAAGGAGAUCGACAUGUUGAAGGAACAGCUGCAACUCACCAGAUCUCAGCUAGAGUCUGCCCAGCAUGCCCACGCAGUCCGGUUCUCUAAGGAAUAUGAAAUGCAGAAAAUGAAGGAAGACGACUUUCUGAAGUUAUUUGAUAGAUGGAAGGAAGAAGAAAAGGAGAAGUUACUGGAUGAAAUGGAAAAGGUUAAGGAGAUGUUCAUGAAGGAGUUUAAAGACUUAACUUCUAAGAACUCAGCAUUAGAAUAUGUGAGUAUCUAUCUUAGAAGUUCUCAUGGUAUUAUUGCUUUGAGAUACAGUGUUAAUCAGGGUGUCCUUCGAAUCCUCUUCCGAGGUGCCAGUGAGUGGUCGUUGGGUUUCAUAGGUACCCAGCGAAAAGCAAGCUCCGGUGUGGAGCAAGUUUCUGCUGCAUUACUGUUACAGACAGAUCACUUGUCUUCUCUCCUCCAGGCAAACAAGUGGUCAGAUCGAUUUCAGGUUCUCAACGAGGAACACAGCAGGGAGAAGGGACAGCUCCUGUCCAAUAUCGAGAAGCUUCGAACCUCAAUGAUGGACGAUCUAAGUGCAGAUAAUAUUUUCUACAAGAGGCGGAUAGAAGAGCUAGGCCAGAAAGUGCAGGAGCAGAAUGAGCUGAUCCUCAGCCAGAGGCAGCAGAUUAGAGAAUUUACCAGUAAACCAUACAUCAGUGUUGGUGAGCUGAAAGGGAAUUCUCUAACCUGGCAAGCAUUGGACUCUAGAUCAGCUGGCCCUGCUGCACCCAUGAGCGCCUCAGCCACACAGACUCUGGAUGGCCCACCCAGCCUGACCAUGGUACAUGGAACAGAGCAGGCCUUCUCAUCACACGUCCUGGAGCCGAUAGAAGAACUUUCUUCAGAGGAAGAAAAAGGACGAGAAAAUGAACAGAAAUUAAAUAAGAAGACGUAUUUAAGGAAGACUUUGAAAAGCAGCUCCUCCUCUAAGGGGCUGAGGACGAACUUGGAGAAGGAGCUGGGAAGGAAACUGAGGAGCUUUGGGAUUAACGCAGAUAUACACGGUAUUCCAUGUGAAGUCUUGAAUAGUUCACUUAAAGCCAUGCAGUUAGCCAGACAUGAUCUAGCAAAACAAAUGCCUGACAUUCAGCAAAUUCGAGAAUCCCUUGAACAUCAGCUCAUCUGUAAAAUGGAGGAGAAAGUGUCGCUGUCUUCGGAUAGGCACAAUAUCCCUCCCAUGACCACCUUCCCAGCGGAAGAAGUACCCAAAGCCACCCAACUCCCCCCGCAAAGCAGACCAUUGGUCAGACAGAGGACUGUGUUUACUGAUAAGGUGGCUGUCCCAAAAUUUAAGAAAAAUACCAAAGAAAAUCAUUUUCUCAGAAAGUUUUCAUCUACCAGGACGCCUCCCUUCAGCUCAGAGGAGGAGCUUGAUGAAGAGGACUUCAUCCAGGCAUACGUAUCCUCAGACUUGCUGACCCUACAGCCAUCUAAAAAUACCAUGGGUAACUUCGGAAAGAGCUCUGUCAAAAGUGACCCGGACUGGACAGGGGGAAGCGAGAUGGAGGACUCAGAUGUCUCCCCAAGGCCCACAGGAACCUCCAUUCAGAUCCAAACUGACACUGUUGAGAACAUGGUCUCACAGCAGGGAAUUGGGGAUAAACCAGUUACUGGGGUAAACACUGUUGAGACAUUCGUCAGAAAGGAAGGACCGCAAGAGUUAAAGUGCGCAGAUGUAGAUGCUGAUGAUUGGGACAUAUCAUCCUUAGAGGAAGAUAAAUCUUUGGAGAAAAAGAUAGAGCAGAGGGAACCUCCACCUGUGAAGAGAGAUCUAAAUUCCAGUCACGUGCCAAGGGCCUGGGGCCCAGUGAACCCUCGGGAAUUCAAGGAAGAAGGACUUCAAGAAAACGAAUCGAGCACACUGAAAAGCAGCUUGGUAACGGUGACUGACUGGAGUGACGAUUUGGAUGUGUAACAAGUCCGCGUCAGAGAACUGUUCCAGCAGCAUUUCGGCCAGCAGCCUAUUGGCUCCUAACGCUCCCUCCUGUUUCCCACCUACCAAGGAAGCCCAUUCAGAGCAAGGGCGUCUCUAACAACUCGGAACACAGUACUGAAAUCUGUCAGCUGGCCCACUGUGUAGAAACAGGAUGUCCUUCAGUCAUAAAAAGUGUUUUCUUCACAACGGUACUCUAGUGUUAAAUGUAUUUUUUUUUUCAACUAACUUUUAAGUGUUUUUUUUUUUUUUGACUGAUAGUAGGCUUUAGUUUGAGUUAUUGUAGCUUUUUAAAAUACGUAUGUACUGUCACAUUGGUAGUUUUUAUGUUAUAAAAUUCUGUUAAGUCUCUUCAAAACUGAAUUAGUGAUGUCAGUGACUUUGGUUGUUUUCCAUCUAGAAAUAAGUCUAGACCGGUGACAAUUAGCUAGGCCAUGAUAAACGCAUUCUCCUCAAGUUCCUCUGUCCCACUGAGCUGUGAGGCCCUGUUAGCAUGUCGUUACUGACCAGUUCUUUUGUGCACUGUAGUCUUUAGCUUGGAUAUUUUAUGAAUAAUGUGCAACUGUUCUAAAUGCCAAUUGAUUUUUAUGAGAUGAUCAUUAGAAAAAGAUGAGCCAUUCCCGAGUCACACAUGUGUGUAGUUCCUCUGUUUUUCAGUACUCAGCCCAUUAUAAAAUACCUCAGAACUAAUUUAUAUUCUUGAACAAUGAUCUCGGCAAUGAUCAGAAAAUUUAUAUAUAAACUGUUCGUUUUUCCGUUUCUUUUUAAAUUUUUUUCCCUUUUUUUAAAAAGUAGUUUUUAUACUUUGUGGUACUAUUAGGACUCUAUCUCAAAAAAAGAAAAGGUAACAUUUUAAUAGCUUGUGAUUUGGGGUCUCCUGUCAUCCGUCAACAAUGCCAGUAAAGUCCUCCAUUACACCCUG